AUGAAUUCAUUGUCAACAAUAUUAAUUUUUGUUUUGAUAGUACUUCUUACAAUCGGUCCCAUUCCAUUGAUAACUGCACAAGAUUGUGGUCCUAAUGAAAUCAAACUUGAUUGUGCUCCAUUACUAUCGUGUCAACCAUCUUGUAGCAAUCUUCAUGGAUUGGUAUGUCCACGUGUUUGUGCUCUAAAUCAAUGUAUAUGUAGGAAUGGUUUUGUACGAGACGAUCAGAAUGAUUUACAAUGUAUUGAACAAACACACUGCAAUACAAAUACCAUUAGAUUUCCAACGAGAUGUGGUACAAAUGAAGUAGCUGUUACUUGUGCACUACUUCAGACAUGUCAACCAUCAUGUGAUAAUCCUAAAGGAACUUUAUGUCCUCUAUCAUUUUUUCGUAAAGGAAACGUGAUAGAAACUCCAAUAUGUAGUGAAAAUGAAGAAUAUAGCAAUUGUACGAAUCCGUGUCAACUAUCAUGUGAAGAACCGAAUCGAGAACCUUGUGAAACUUUACGUUGUUCAGAAGGUUGUGUAUGUAGCGAAGAUUAUUUUCGUGCUACAAAUGAUAUAUCAAGUCCAUGCGUCCAAUGUAUUAAUUAA